GUAAGCGGAACUUUUAUUACCUAUUGUGCGGUAUCCUACGGAUUGGAUUACAGACGCGCAACACUAUUUAUCAGAACUGUUUCCUGUGUCAAAAUAUCUUGCUAGACGAAGCGAAAAGUCUCCACAUUCAACUAUUGUGUGGUAAUUAAAAUAAUUAUCCUUUUAUUACACUAUAUCGUAAGAUGUAUUUGUCAUCGGAUUAUAUAGCGUUAGCUAGCUGUAUUUUUGGUACCUUGAUUGUUUGUCAAACUGGAAGGCAACGACUGGUUAGCUAGCUAGCUAACAAGCUAAUUUAGCUGCCAGCUAGCUUACGUUGGUGCUUCAGCUGUUAUUUUUACGGGUAGGGACUAGAUAAUGGGCGCGUCUCAAGUGGGGAAUGCCAUGUUAAGUAUAUAUUUAAAUGUGUAACGCGGUUCGCUACUAAAUUAAAUGCUACAACGUUUGUUAAUUAGCUAGUUAGCCAGCUAACGGUAGCUAGCUAGCCACCUGAAAUUAUACAUUUUGAUGUGUGGCCAUAGUGAUUUUAACAGAAGUCGUCUGUUUCAGAGACGAGUUUCGGAUUUGAAGACAAAAUGGGUGAGUGGAAAUGUUCAGUUGACAUGUUUCAAUGUUUUUGUCGCCAAGAUCAUGAAAAAAAUGGCAACUCGUGGAGCAAAUACAUAACGAAUGGAAAGGGUGUGCAUUCAAAAUAAUAAUUAAUAGCAAAGAGUAAGAGGCGAAGCGAGAGGGAUAACUGGGACCAAAAUCUGUCUUCUCCAGCAUGUAGCGUUUGUGCUUUUGUAUGGAGGUCAAGGAGUGACGAAUUUGGUCAACAAAAUCGUAUAGCUUAUUUGAUCGAAUAAAAGUUGUACUGAUAUGUAAGUUGACGUCCUGGCAACUUUGAGAAAAAACGAUCUGCUCUCUCAUUGACUAGAAUGGUCCCACCUGAUCUUGCCUCCUCCCAACUGCCUUCCAUUUUUUAAAGAAAUGUAUUUCCAUUGUUAGAACGGGCACUUGAGUAUCUGGUCAAUAUAAUGGAUAAUCAGUGUUAAUGGGUAUAAAUUACCAAUAAAUUGUAACAAGGGUCAACAGUCUUACUUUUCCCCCCUGCGCCUGCCCCUCAUUAGAUGGUGAAGAGAAGACCUACGGUGGCUGUGAGGGCCCAGAUGCCAUGUAUGUGAAGCUGAUCUCUUCUGAUGGCCAUGAGUUCAUAGUGAAGAGGGAACACGCCUUGACCUCAGGGACCAUCAAAGCCAUGUUAAGUGGACCAGGUAAGCACUUUACCAUCAAAGCCAUGUUGAGUGGACCAGGUAAGCCCUUUACCAUCAAAGCCAUGUUGAGUGGACCAGGUAAACCCUUUACCAUCAAAGCCAUGUUGAGUGGACCAGGUAAGCCCUUUACCAUCAAAGCCAUGUUGAGUGGACCAGGUAAGCCCUUGACCAUCAAAGCCAUGUUGAGUGGACCAGGUAAGCCCUUGACCAUCAAAGCCAUGUUAAGUGGACCAGGUAAGCCCUUUACCAUCAAAGCCAUAUUGAGUGGACCAGGUAAGCCCUUUACCAUCAAAGCCAUGUUAAGUGGACCAGGUAAGCCCUUUACCAUCAAAGCCAUGUUGAGUGGACCAGGUAAGCCCUUUACCAUCAAAGCCAUGUUGAGUGGACCAGGUAAGCCCUUGACCAUCAAAGCCAUGUUGAGUGGACCAGGUAAGCAGUGUGCGCUUGAUAUAGCAAAGAAUGUGCCUGGUGCUAGUCUACCAACUGAAUGGCCUAGUGACUGUCCUGAGAUCGGAAGGUUGGGAGUUCGAUCCCUGGCCGAGUCAUACCAAAGACUUAAAAAAUGGGACCCGGUGCGUCUCUGCUUGGCACUCAGCAUUAAGGAGAUAGAUUGGGGGUAAGGACCUGUUAUAGACGAGUGUCCUCUCCAUGGGCUGUACAUCAAGCUGCCUUACACUACAAAAAACAGGAGAUAGAUGAGGAAUUUAUCUCCUCAACUCAUUCUGAGUGGGCCAGGUAAGCAGACAUUCAGGACAACGUGUUGGAUUUACAUAAUGAAUGCAAAGGGUGUGCGUUCAAAGAGGCCCGUGACUGAAGCAGCUUGCUAGUUCCAACGAAUCACUUUGAUACUGUAAACCCUAUUGAACUAGCUGUAUGUCUUCACACUGUGCGUCAAACUAAUGUAUUGCUUCUCCUUUUAUUUUUUUAUUCCCCCCCCCCCCCCCCCCCCCCCCAGGUCAGUUUGCAGAGAAUGAAACCAACGAAGUGAACUUCAGAGAGAUCCCCUCCCAUGUCCUGUCCAAGGUGUGCAUGUAUUUCACCUACAAGGUCCGUUACACCAAUAGUUCAACGGAAAUACCAGAAUUCCCCAUCGCCCCCGAGAUUGCUCUGGAGCUGCUCAUGGCUGCAAACUUCUUGGAUUGUUAAAACUGAAGAAGAAGAAAAAGAAAUGUAGCAGCUUAAAACAUUUUGUAGAUUUUUUUUUUGUUGGACUAUUUAACUUGUUUGCCAUGUUGCUUAUAGAUAUAAAACAAAGUGAAUGAUGACGAGUACGUUUGUGUCAGUAUGCUGUGUAAAAUAUUUGAUUUUGCACCAGGCUUUAUGUCCACUUUCUGUUGAUAGUAAAGACUUUUUAAUUUUUAAUAUAAUUAACUGAUAUGGCUGCUCCAGAAUGUGACGAAGUGGCUUACCCUGUCGUACACAAUCAUUUCUUACCUCCCCACCACAAUAAAGUAUGCUUGAGUGUUUUCGGUGCUAAAUGGCUCCCUUGUGUGUUGGCAGCUUUUACGUUGAAUUAGAACAGAA